GACACUACAGUAUUACCAAACUCAAUGACACACUAGUGCUAUGAUACAUUGAUUACAAUACAUACAUGCAUACAUACACACAUAUAUAUAAUUUAAUACUAGCUAAUAAAUAACUAAAUUUCAAACAUUUCUAUUUCUAUCUCAAAUUAUCACAUAAAUUUGAAUGUACAUACUACAUAAGGGGCACACCCCACGACAAAAACUAAUAGACAAGAACAAAAUCUAUCUAUAUAUAAAAAGAAGUGGAUUUUCAGCCAAAUUUCCCGCCCAAAGUACCAGGUGUAGUUACGGGUCGAGUCAACACUAACGGAUCUGAAGACUCACUGAUGUAAAGGUACACCUCAUUAAAUGAUCACCAAUAUUGAAGGGGGGAUCUCCUUUGACAUGGUCAGUAACGUGCUGAGUUAUUCAAAGCAAACGAACGUUAACCGAGGUCAUUGAUCAGUCAUUCAUUAAAGUGAGGUGUCAGAUCAGAAUCUUUACGUAUUGAUAUUUAGUUUUCCAUGGUCUUAAAAAAAAACGAAACAUAUAGCCAAGAGUCGGCAUGUCCUAAUCCAAAAUCCAUACCUUCAAAUCUCAGAAUCUCACCGUGCGCAUACAUAUAUACGAGGGGCUGGGAAAGGCAAGAUCGAGACGGGCGGCCGAGAUAAACCGGAAGGCGGCGGAGAUGACUGCAUACGCGGCUGAGAGAGCAUAUGACAUGGAGCUGCAUCUCCACCGUUGUCGUUGGGAUGUUCGUCGGGACAUGGUGGGGUGGGGGCAUGGUUGGAUGUGUGCUACGAGCAGGCGUAGCUUUUUCUGGGAUUUCGACCGUAUCUUCGUUGGAGGGGUGGCCGGAGCCGUCAGCGGCAAGUUGACAGUGUGUCUGCCAUUGGGUCGCUUUUCUCUGUCCUAUAGUCAUACUGGUAGGGAUUCAAAUUUGUUGCUUCUUUCUGCGGUGCAAACUUGGAUCAGAUCCUGGGCUGGAGCAACUGGGCUGACCCGGAAACUUGGCUUGCCGUAGUCUGCUCGGGCGAGGCUGAAGUAUUGGGUUGGAGUGGUGGACUCUUGCUGAUAGCUGCUGGAGCAUGCAGCCAUGCAUGAUUGAUUAUUGCUGGACUGCCCAAGGAUGGGCCUUGAUUGAAUUGAAAAAAAAACUUACUCUGCAUGUAUUUUAUUUUUUGUUGAGUAGAAUAAUCGAAAGGAUAGAGGUGUCCAAAAUUGGCAACAUGUCUGUACACCAUAGGUAUACAUAAAUUAGCUCGAGAAUGGUCUUCUGCAUAGAUGUCAGCUGGCACGGAUGUAAAGUGACCUAAACAUGAAAGCUAUCAAUAUAGAGCCCAUUUUGGCUCAUUCUGCUGAAA